AUGGCAAACAACUCUGCCAAUUGGUUCGAGUCUCCCGUGGCUUCUCACAAACAUCCAUGUGGUCUUAGCAUUCCACCUGGUCACGCCAGCAACAACUCUGCGCAGUACCACAGCGACAGCUGGAUUUGGGUGGAUCUUGAACCGUAUACCUUGGAGGAGAGGCCGCACGAGAUUCAGACGAAGAAGUGGGAGUAUGACGAGGCAUGCCUGAACAUUUAUACCUACGACAUCGUGCGGGCCUCUUGGGCAGAUAAUUGCUCAAGCUGGUGCGAGGAGCACUUUGGCAAUUUCGUGUGGAAUCAGCUGUGCGCGUUUGGCAUGGUGCCUGAGGAGAUCAAUAAACCCAUGAAUGUGCUCCGAGCUUGUCAGAAGGCCACUGUUUUUCAUUACAACGUGCAGUUGACAGCUGGACAAUGCUGGUUGAUUGGCAUGGGAAUCACUCUGAUAAGCUUCGUCGCUGCUGUAGCCUUGUUACGCGUCGAGGAGCUUCCUCCCAGCAAGUUCGAGACAGCAGAAGAAUUAGAUGGCAAGCUGAAAUUGGCCCCCUUCGUAAGCAUACCGGGCUUUACGAGGUUGACGGAGAUCCGAUUUGGCAUAUUCAAGAUGGUGAUCUCUUUGAUGGCCGAUGUCGUCUCAGACUUUGUGUCGGGCUUGCUAUAUGUGUUCAAGGGCCAAGUUUUCUUUGGAGCAUUCACCAUGUUUAUUGUUGCGAUGGGGAACAUGGACGACAUGUUUGGGGUGACAGCACUUGCCAACGCAAUUCUCUCCAUGAAAACUGCGAACCCUGCGCCUCAGUUGAUAGUCAGGAAAGCUAGGGAACUCACUGAGGCCAGUGCCAUUGUCACUUGUGCGGUGUUUUUCCUGUUGAAAGUGCCGACUCAUGAUAUAGAUGACCGACCAAUGCUAUCGCCGUUCGACCUCUUCACCUUCCUUCUGUCCCUCGUGACGAAUGUGCAGGGCAUUUAUGAGGGCGCAGAAGCUUCUAUCCAGGCACAUGUGCUAAAGCUGCACUCAGAUGCUGUCAUGGACAUGGACCUGCGGUACGAGCUCUUUCGAUCAAGAUCGGCCGAGAUGACGACCUUCGCAGUUGCGGCCACGAUUGCGCGACUUUCGGGAGGACUGGCAAUGGCCAUGGUGCUCCAGGCCUCGGAAACUCCGUUUGUGACGGUGCGUGCUAUGCUUGCAGAAGGCGCAGCGCCAGCCAUCAUUGCAGGGAUUGUGCUGUGCUGUGUGACCAUGAUCCCCAAGUGGUGGCAUCGCGGCGUCAGGGUUCCGGAUGCAGCAGUUCUUCAGCAGCUAUUCCUUAAUGUCAGCGGUUUCCUCAGCUUCGCAGGAUUGAACUGUGCCGCUGGUACAUACUUGGAUGAUCUGAAAAAGUCGGGAGGUUGGGACAAGUCCUUGCCGUGGAGUGACUUGUGGUUCCAUUUAUCCAAGUCUGGCAUCCAAGUGGACAGGACAAGCGAGAAGUCAUGGGAGGUGCUCACGAUGCAGGGUGCCCAAUGGCUUCUGCUGUGGACCGCGGAGAUUGCGACCGGCUUUUACUUGUCUCGUGUGGCGGCCGCCAUCGUCUUCAUGGUACUCUUGAAGACCCAUGUAGAGCAGGCAAAAAGUGAACUCUUCGACGAUGGUGACUACGAGAAGCUCCAGCGCUUGAACCCAUAA